GAUUGAUGGGCCACUGCCUCCGGGUUUCAGGUUAGAUAAACAAUUCAUGCAGUUGGUCAGUUUCACUGUAACUUUUUUUUUUUAAAGUCCCUCCUCCUCUUCCUCCUCCUCCUCCUGGUUUCCAAAAGCCCCUUUUUACAAGACAGCAGCUAUAACAGCGGCAGGCGCCACCACAGCAGCACACGCUGGUUGUGUACAUGGGGCUCUAGUUGCAAAAGAGAAUCCAGGGAAAUAUUUCUGACCAGGAGCCGAGUUUUCUGAAACUCCAGGGGGGGAAAAAGAACCCAUAAAAGAUGAGGAAGUCUGGAUUUUUGCAUCACUUCUUUAGGAAGACUAUGGUCUGGCACAAAGUGUCACAUUUACGCCCUAUGAACAUUCUCUUUUUGGUGCUUAUUUGGAUUGGCAUCUCAAAAGGUCAGACGGAUUGCACAGGUGUGGAAUGUAAGAACCUGGAAAAUUGCAUUGAAGAAAUGCUUGAACCUGGUGAAUGCUGUGCCGCUUGUCUCCAACAUGGCUGCACCUGUGAAGGUUAUCAGUAUUAUGACUGUGUGAAUGUAGGGUUUAUAAAUGGCAAAGUCCCUGAAGGGCAGUCCUAUUUUGUUGACUUUGGAAGCACAGAAUGUUCAUGUCCCAAAGGGGGAGGUAAGAUCAGUUGCCAGUUUAUGCUUUGUCCAGACCUUCCUCCAAACUGCAUUGAUGCUGUGCUACCAUCAGAUGGAUGCCCUCAGUGUGGAAGAAUAGGUUGUGUCCAAGAUGACCAGAAGUAUGCAGCAGGACACACAUUCCAUGUACCUCCAUGCAAGGUUUGCCAUUGCCCCAAUUCUGGAGGAGACCUCAUGUGCUAUGAGCUUCCAGAUUGUAAUGAGUCUACAUUAAAUCCCCAUAAUCUACCUGAAAGAGAUGAAGUAGAACCGGAGAGGCAUUAUGACGAUCCCUACAGUUAUGAUCAGGAAGCACCAGAUGGAGACACUACUCAGGUGGAGCCACCUAAAAAGUACUACAGCUAUUCAGCACAUACAGAGCAAGAGAGUGUUGGUCAGGAGCAAAGUGAGGACUAUGAUUACCUUGCAAGCAUAGUUACCCCCUCUUCACUACUGCCUUCAGUUUCACACAUUGAAGAAGCUCUGUCAUUGACCCCCACAAGUGCUCCCACACACAACACCCAAACAAGUCAUGCCAGUGAAAACAAUGAAGAAAGGACUUCUACAAUCACCAUGUCAACAACCAAAGAGCAACAGACAAGUCAUAAAAUGACCACUGCAAACACCAUUCAAAAAGAACUUGUUGUGACAACAACGGGUAUUUCCCAAUACAUGGCAGAAAUGGAGAGGAAGAACCGAGCUAGACAUGAGCAAGAAGAAAAUGCCCGAUUUAAAAUCAAACUUAAUAUGAAAAAAGACAAUAAGCAGAAAGAAAACAAAUUAACACGUUUUAAAGAAUCCAACACGACUCACUCGCAAGGGCUAAACUUUUUGCAUGAAAAACAGGAGGAUGAUCAUUUUCCCAAGGUCAAGUUUAAUCCAACACCACCAUCUCCUAUUGCAUUAAAAGAAGAGCAUAAUCAAAUAUCUCCCAAACAGCCUCAGGCACUUUACCAUUACCAGCCUGAAGAAGAUGUAGAUCCCAAUUCAGUUCAUACUUCUUCCAAAUUAACUGAAGGUUCAACAAAAGAUUUAAUUGAAACUUGCUGUGCCGCUGGACAACAGUGGGCUAUUGACAACAGUGAAUGCAUGGAAACCCCUGUAAGUGGAACAGAUGGGGAUAUCUGCAGAAUUGCUCAGAAGCAGUGUUGUCUAUCAUAUUUAAAAGAAAACAGCUGCAUUGCUGGCAUGAUUGCUGCCAGAGAAGGUGAUUUGUGUGGACUGGAUGAAAGCGAUACCUGUGGAGGAUCAUUUUACAAGCAAUGUUGUGAUUGCUGCUCAUUGGGCCUGCGUGUAAAAAGUGAGGGUCAAAGGUGUGAAUCCAACCCAAAUCUUGGCUACCACUGCAGCCUUGUGAUGCUUUCCUGCUGUGAAGGAGAAGACCAUCUUAUCCUUCCAGAGCUGAAAAGGCACCCUGAACCACUGCCAACAGCAACACCGGAGAAACGCAUGUUGACAGUUUCAGAGCUUGAGGAUCACAAUGAAGCCUUGUCGAUCAGUAAUGAAGCCGAAUUGUCAAACAGCUUACCUGGAGAUGACCUGGAUGAGUGCCUUGUCUAUCCUGGAGAGCUCUGCCAGCACCUGUGCAUCAACACAGUAGGAUCCUACAAGUGUUCAUGCUUCCCAAGAUUCACUCUGCAGGACGAUGGACGGGGCUGCAGUCCAGAUUUUGAAAAAGAUGAACAAAAUGCUGCCUUAGCAGACACAGUCACUGUUGCUUCAGAAGCCUUGAACAUCCAACCUGUGACUGUCAACUCUUUACUGGUAGAGCAAGAUAAGUGUAAAGAUAAUGGACCAUGUAAACACGUAUGUCAUGUUACGGAAGAGAAAAUUAUAUGCUCUUGCUUACCUGGGUUUGCCCUCAUGUUGGAUGGAGUUUCUUGUGAAGAUAUUAAUGAAUGUGUAACAGAUGCUCAUACCUGUAACAGAGGGGAACGCUGCUUUAACACAGUUGGGUCAUUUACAUGCCUCCAGCAACUCAGCUGCCACUCAGGCUAUGAACUUAAAGAUGGUGAAUGUGUUGACAUUGAUGAAUGUGAGAGAGGAACUCAUAGCUGCAAGAUAAACUUCGUAUGUCAAAAUACAAAAGGAUCAUUCUAUUGUGAAUCCAAGCAACGAUGCAUGGAUGGAUUUUUACAGGAUCCACAGGGAAAUUGUGUGGACAUUAAUGAAUGUACAUCACUGUCUGAGCCAUGUAAGCCUGGAUUCAACUGCAUCAAUACUGUGGGGUCGUAUACAUGUCAGAGAAAUCUGUUAAUUUGCAGCAGAGGAUAUCAUUCAAGUGAAGAUGGAACCAAAUGUGUUGAUGUUGAUGAAUGCCAGACUGGUGUACACCGCUGUGGAGAGGGUCAGAUUUGUCAUAAUCUGCCUGGAACUUACCGCUGUGAAUGCAAGAUGGGAUAUCAGUAUGAUGCAUUCAGCAGAACCUGCAUUGAUCUAAAUGAAUGCUGGAAUUAUCCCGGUCGACUGUGUCAACACUCAUGUGAAAAUACUCCCGGGUCCUAUCAUUGUUCCUGUUCAUCUGGCUUUCGUUUAGCUUAUGAUGGAAAGCACUGUGAAGAUGUCAAUGAAUGUGACAACAAUCCAUGCAGUCAAGAAUGUGCAAAUAUUUAUGGUUCCUACCAGUGUUAUUGCAGGCAAGGCUAUCAGUUAGCAGAAGAUGGUCAUUCUUGCAAAGAUAUAGAUGAAUGUGCACAAAGUGCAGGUAUUCUGUGCACUUUUCGGUGCGUUAAUGUACCUGGAAGUUAUCAGUGUGUUUGUCCUGAUGAAGGUUAUACAAUGUCAGCAAAUGGAAGGACUUGUCGUGAAUACAAUCAGUGUUCAUCAUCACAAUCGUGCUACAAUAUUCAUGGCAGUUUCCGAUGUCUUUUGUUUGAGUGCCCAGACAACUAUAGAAAAGUGUCUGAUACGAGAUGUGAACGUAUCAACUGCUUCAACUUUCUGGACUGCCAAAACACUCCCUUGAGAAUCACUUACUAUCAGCUUAACUUCCAAACCAACACUGUAGUCCCAGCUCAUAUUUUCCGAAUUGGUCCCUCUCCAGCUUAUGCUGGAGAUAACAUAAUCCUUACUAUCAACAAAGGAAAUGAAGAGAACUACUUCAGCACUAGAAAGCUUAAUUCCUACACAGGCGUUGUCUACCUUCAACGGCAAGUAAAGGAACCCAAAGACUUUUCGUUAGAUGUUGAAAUGAAGCUUUGGCGUCAAGGAACAUACACAACUUUUCUGGCCAAAAUUUAUAUCUUCAUCACAUCUCAUGUCUACUGAGGCAACACAUCUUGACAUGGAAGUUUAUUGGUGCGGUGGCCUUUCAAUUUUCUUCCAGAUCAUUCUAUUAUUAUUAUUAUUUAGAAACGCUGUAUCUAGCCUUUUAGACUGGUUUUUUUUGGUGCAUAAAAUAUUUCUUUUUGUAAAAUUAACUUGAAGUAUCACCCUGUUUUGCUUAAACUUUGUAUUUUUAACUGAGCAAAAAAAAAGACUUUGAGUUUAAAGCAGUAUAUAUACAGUAGUUACAAUGUGUUCUCUUAGUAUGUUCUCGGGGUGUUGCAGGGAAUUCAGAAUUGUUUCUCUUAGGCCCCUUCUGCACACGCAGAAUAAUGCACUUUCAAUCCAUUUUCAGUGCACUUUGCAGCAGGAUUUUACUGUGUGGAAUAGCAAAAUCCACUUGCAAACAAUUGUGGAAGUGGUUUGAAAGUGCAUUAUUCUGCAUGUGUGGAAGGGUCCUUAGAUUUAAACACUUAUCCAUUCAACUUAUUUCAAUUAAGAAAAUAAACUUGUGGACAUUGAAAUCAGUUAGGCGUUUAAAAGUGCUUCAGUGUGACCCUUUCUGCACAGCAAAUGUAUAGCAGGUUGCAGUCGGGAUAAAGUAACCUGCUUUCUUGUUUUCAAGUUCACAUGCAUCCAUGAAGGCAGCGAUUGGAGCGCGCGGAAACAAUAAAGUGGACAUGCCACACCUCUACAAUGGAGGUGCUGCUAUCAUUUCAAUUUACCUCCUCACUGAUGCGUAGGGGCCAUGCGCAGGUAAUGCAAUAAAACAAACCCCACAGUUAUGCUGACAUCUCAUGAUACCACAAUACAACCAUGUGCACUUGAGUAUUUUUCCAGCCCAUUGGGUGUCCUGUUCAUCAUCAGCGUUUGAGUCAGAAACUGGCAAUCUUAACUGUGAAAGAAAGAAAGAAAGCUGAUCUUUGGUAUUAUUGGUUUCUAGGAAAAAAACACCUUGGACUAUUUUGUCAUAGUGUAACUUUUCCACAGAUCUUAUAGUGUCAUGCUGUAAUGCCACGGUUUAAAAUCUGUCAAGCAUCACCAGUCAGAUCCCAAGUGAUCUGGAUAGGGCAUUUUAAUCUAUGAAAACACAGUGGCUGAUGUUGGAAAAACAUCCGCCCUGCCAAUUCAGCACAGAUCCACAUGUGAUGGGUCAGUUGCUGUGCAUACCUGAGUUUUUCAUCAGCAACUUGCUGACCACAUGCAAACAGUCUUAAAAUUGGCAUACACUCAUGUGUUUUCUGUACAAAAUACAGAGUUGCCCUUCAAUCUGUGGGCCAAUAUUUAUGUUUGUGGUACCAAAUAAAAAUCUAGUUACUUAGCGUUAAGAUCUUUUUCUCCAUCCUAAUUUGUGUAGCCUUUUGCUCAACUACAAACACAUCUGUAAUGUGCCUAAUCUGGGUGGGAUCACAUCCAGCACUUAAAGUUAAUAUUUGCUAAAGCAUUUGCAAGGUUAGGUUAGGGAACAGACAGAAUUUCUGUGCUUUUUUGCUGACAUUUGCAGUUUGGGGUACUUGCCUGGUUAUAUUUAAACUUAAUCCUAAAGCAACACCUCAUUUUCGAAGAACACGAGGUGCAGACAAGGUGUAUUAUACUCUUUCAAGGAAAUACCAAAGAUUAAGAAUUCCAAACCAAAGAUGAAAAAUGCCAAAUCCUUUUCACACCUCAUUGAGUUGCAUGCAUGCCCAAUUAGAAUGUUAAGAUAGAACUUGAAGAAAACAGAUGAAAUUUAUUUUUCUGUUAUUCCAGCCUGAAUUACAUGGUGGAAGUGUGGCAAGCUGAGUAAUUUGGGAGCAUGUAGAAAUCAUGUGCUGUACUAAUAGCAACAUAUAAUGGUUAUUUUUCCUCAUAUUUUAUAGAAAACUGAAUGGGAUCCAGACCUAUGAGCCACAUGUGCCAGCGGGUAGCUUAAUCAAAAGAUUUGUUGAAAUUUACACGUGAACGGCAGAAUUUCAAAACAAAUGUUUGUUGUUUUAGAUAAAAUGCUCCAGUUGUAUUAUUUUACUGAAUAUCUGUUAACAUGGGUAUUUUAACUUUACAAAAAUUUUGAUGAGAAACAUAAGUACAAUAUAUAGGACUGAUUUUUUUUCUACUGUAGUGGUUUAAUCCUUUCCUUGUUCUCCAGUGAUCUUAUUUUGUACAUAAAACAAAAAAGAAGCCAUGUAUUGAAUCCUUUUUAUAUGGUGAUCAAUAUUAUGCAAUGUAAAAUACUAAUGUAAAUUCUUGUUUUGUUCGGGGGGAGGUGGAAAUUAGAAACACCUGUACUGAUCUCACCCAAUUUCAAUACUGUAAUUUUUGUUCAGAUAUCAGUGCACAGUAAAAUAUCAGUAUUGUUUAUGUUUA